AAAGUCGUCUCCUUUCACUUUUGGAUAAUGAGAAAAGACCUAUUAAUUCUUCUGGGGACCACUAGCGUAGUAAGCUUCUUCACAACCCAUAAUCGCUCGUCCGCUCCAUGCAACCGCGUCAAGUCUUAGAGUUUUGAUUCAUCAAGCACCAACCCAACAAGAAAACAAUGGCGCAAGAUAACAAAGAUCAGAUCAAAGAGGAGUUUAGGACUCUAUGGGGAGCCAGAGUCCUAUGGCCUUCCGACAUGGGAGAUGACAUGAUGGAAGAUGCAGUAAACCAAGCAAUAGGGCAGUUGGAAGGGUAUUUGUUUUUCUACGAACUACGUACUUGAAGUACUCUUGGAGGUGUCUGAACUACUUUCUUCGGGUUCGAGUUUUCAUACGAUCUCACUCUAAAAAGAUGUUGUAAAUUUCUACUAGUCUCUCAAAAAAACUCAACGACCUAACACCGUGCGGAUUAUGGCAGCUAUGAAGUGAAAAAUCAAAUUUCUUCUUUCUACGAAAAAGAUUAACUCCAUUUGCAUAAUAUUUAACAUAACUCGUCACAAGAACAUGAUCAUCCAUAAAUAAAGACUCCUUUGAAAGACGAUUGAAUUCUUCCUACUUUCCUAAUUCCUGCUCACACACUCACAUCCACAACAGGAAAAACCCAGACAAAGACGGAGCCGAGAUUUGUUCGGCGAUUAAGGAGCAUUUUGACGAGAAGUGGGGCAUGGGAUGGAUAGUGGUGUGCGGCAAGAACUUCGGUUCAUAUGCCAUUCACCAACAGCACAAGUUCAUCUACUUCUACAUCGGACAACAUGCAUUCAUGCUGUAUAAGGUGUAAGUAUAUAAAAAUUCAGAGUGUGUAGUAGUUUGUGGUUUUGGAUUUGGAGGAGGACUCACGGGGAGAUGGAAGGAAGGACUCCUGGUAGAUGAAGAUGGUGUCCGAAUGCAAGAAUACUCAUAAUUCGUAUAUAAUUUUGCAAGAUUUUUAUCUGUUGCAAAGGGUGUAAGUGUGCAGGCUCCAACAGGUGGAUUCUCCUUUUUGGUUGCCUCUGAAAUUAAUUCAUUGGAUUUUUCUCGUGCUAAAGCUAAUUCUAUUACAUUCGCCAAUAAUCGAUUCCAACGCGUCAUGAUACAGUAUGAAGAACAUCAUCAUCCCAAUUAAUUUGCCAUUUAUUUCAACAAGAACCUAUUAUCCUUAAUUAACCGCGGAGGUUGUAACAAAUGAUACGAUUGUGAAGUGGGACUCUUCCUGUCGCAAGAAAAUUAUCCACCACUAUCCUGCUGGCUCCUCAGCAUAGUUCUGCAUGGAAUAAGCUGACUACCGAGUCGUGUCAUUUUAGUCGGGACAAGCUGUGCCCGUCACUCACCGGUCAGCAAGUGGUGUUUCGAACAGGAUGUUGAAGCGGCAGAUGUGACUUUCAUCACGUAUGCCAUCCCAAUCCCAAACUCGUUGCUGUUGCUUCGGUCGUUCUAAAAAA